GACAUAGCCAACCUCCCCUGUCGAAAACUCUAUCUCUUUCUUUUUCCUUACCCAUCGUGCGUCGACAGGACUAAACAAAAACAAAAAUGGGCAAGAUUAUGAAAUCUGGCAAGGUUGUGCUCGUGCUGAGCGGGCGAUAUGCUGGUCGCAAAGCGAUCAUCAUGAAGACAUUGGAUGAUGGAACAUCAGAGAAAAUGUUUGGACAAGCACUUGUUGCUGGCAUCGAUCGUUAUCCACGUCGUGUAACGAGGCGUAUGAAUAAAUCUAAAGUUCAUAAGAAUUGUAGAAUAAAGCCAUUCAUUAAGCUCGUAAACUACAAUCAUCUCAUGCCAACACGUUACAGUGUACCAGAAGUGACACUUGAUAGUAAAUACAGCGUAAAGGACUUGAAAGAUCCAAUUAAGCGUAAGAAGGCACGUUUCCAAAUCCGCAUGCGUUUCGAGGAUCGCUACAAGAGCGGCAAGAACAAGUGGUUCUUCACAAAAUUGCGCUUCUAAACGACCAAUAAAAGUGUAAUUGUGUUUAAAAAGAAAUAAAUUUGUGCAAAAAAAGGAAAUUUCAUUUUUUGUUCGUUUCAUUUUGAAAAAAAGAAAUGUGAAAAUAAAAACAAGUCGCAUUU